AUGACUAGGCAGAGAAGGGAAGAAGAAGAGGAGGAUAUGCUGGAUGAAGGAUCGGUUGAUGCUGUGGAGGAUCCUUUAUGCCCUUCGUUCAAGUUGUCGAGAGAGCAGCACAAAGAGGAUUGUAAACAAUGGAGGAGAGCGCUGAUUAUUAAGCUGCUGGGGAAGAGAAUGGGAGCUAGGUUUCUAAUGGCUCGUGUGAUCAGAAUGUGGAACCUGAUGGGUGUGUAUGAGGUUAUUGACAUGGAUAAUGGGUAUCUGGUGGUUAGAUUCCAGGAAGACAGUGACUACAAUCAUGUGCUCCAUGAAGGACUAUGGAUAGUUGCUGAUCAUUAUCUAACUGUGCAAAGAUGGAGGCCUUUAUUUAACCCGUAUGAUGAUCAGUUGAAGAAGCUGGCUGUUUGGAUCAGAAUACCAGGGCUGCCCUUGGAGCUCUACACUACCAAAAAUCUUUGGAAAAUUGGUAGUAUAUUUGGGAGAACACGUAAGAUAGAUAAGAAUUCUAUAAGAAGGAAUGAGUAUGGAGAUAAGGAUGUAACAGAAAGGGCCAGAUUUGCCCGUAUCUGUGUUGAGGUGGAUUUUAGGAAAAGUUUCCUAUCGAAGUUCAAAAUUGGAGAGAGGGUAUUGCAAGUUGGCUAUGAGGGGUUACAUAUGAUUUGCUUUGCCUGUGGUAUGUAUGGGCAUAGGAAGGACUUAUGUCCUAGCAUUGGUGGACAGAAAAUCAGUGUUGAGACUGAUGCUCCUGGUGUGAGGGACCAGGAUGUUGAAAUGAAGGAAAAAGUUGAAGAGAAACAGAAAGUUGAUGAGGCUUUCGGAUCUUGGAUGGUAGUCCAGAAACCUGGUAAAGGGAGGAGGAUGAGGGUUGCUCCGGUUAACUCUACAACUAAUAAAGAAGGAAACCAGAAGUUGGAGGAUCAGAAGGAUACUGCUGUUGUUGGGGGAAUUGCUGGGGAGGCUGUGUAUACAGAUAGCCCUAUGCAGGAUGUGGUCCCUGAUAUAGUGCCUGAAAUAGGUGAUAAGAAGGAAGUGGUCAUGAGUAAGGUUGAUGGAGGAAGUGGUAGUGAUAGAAAAGCUAAGGGACCUGUUCCUAGUAUCCUGUCUUCAGGGUCAGAUAAGCAGAAAAAAGGUGGAAUGAAGCCUGGCCCUUUUAAAGGAGGCACUUUGGGUCCUAAUGGUGUUCAGAAAAAUAAAGUCACUAAUAAAGGGACUGUGAAUAGAAGUCAGGGUACUGAGAAUCAUCCUCCCAAUUCUUCGAGUUUGGGAAAGCAAAAGGUGAUUUCUAGAAGCAAGGGGUCAGAAGGGGGAGUGUUGCAACCUACUCAGGAUCCUAAUAAUCUAGUCAAUGGUAAAGGCAGAGGGGAGGAAAACACCAUUCCUGUGAAGACUGGAGGCUUUGUUCUGAAUGGGACAGAAGGUGAUCAGGGGAUCUCAGGUCCAGGAGGGACCAGGACUCUUGUAGGUACGAACAAGAGUCGAAAUGGUGUUGGAAUUAUGAUCGACAAAAGUUUCAGAGAUAAAGUUGUGGACGUCAAAAGGAAAGGCGACAGGAUUAUUCUGGUUAAGCUUGUUGUGGGUGACUUAAUCCUGAAUAUCCUCAGUGUGUAUGCACCCCAAAUUGGAUUGCAACCAACUGAUAAAAGCCAAUUUUGGGAAGACUUGGAGGAGAGAGUAGUUAAAAAAGGUUUUCCUGCUUUGAUUAGGGAUAUUAAAUAUAGGUUUAAAAUAAAAGUUUUUGCUUUGUUAGAAACUAGAAUUCAGGGGGAUAGAGGUGAUGCUAUUGUUAAAAAGCUUGGUUUCUCUAAGUUUUUUAAACAUGAGGCUGUUGGAUUUAUGGGUGGUAUUUGGAUCUUAUGGGAUGAUAGAGAUGUUGAGGUGGAGGUUAUUCGUACCCAUCACCAGUAUGUACAUACUAGAAUUCACUAUAUUGAGGAAGAAAGGAUGGAGUUAGCUACCUUUGUCUAUGGUAGCCCGAGGAGAGUGGAGAAAAUUAAACUUUGGGAGGACUUGGUGGAUAUUUCUGAUUCUGUUGUUGGCCCUUGGAUCCUGCUUGGGGAUUUCAAUUCUGUUUUAAGACAACAUGAAAAGGAUGAGGGUCUGGAUGUGUGCUGGAAGAGUAUCCAGGAUAUGCAGGACUGCCUUAUGGAUUGUAGGAUUGCUGAUGUUGGGUUUAAAGAUCCUAGUUUCACUUGGAGGAGGGGAAAAUUACAAGAGAGGGUUGAUAGAGCUUGUGCAAAUGAAGAGUGGAAUGUUGUUUGGCCGAAUAAAGUGGUAGCUCAUUUACCUUAUUUCAGCUCUGAUCAUAGGCCAAUUCUUGUCAGCUGUUCUCAGUCUAGCCAGGAGUCUAGGGGUGAAAUUCAAUUUAAAUUUCUUGCUGCCUAG